AUGACCUUUCCUGUGUGGGUUUUAUUUCUGAGUAUUCCUUGUCUGUGCUCAAAAUCAGAGGACAAACGUUUGUUAGUAAAUGAUCAAACUGUGUUACAAGAAACGGUUCAGAAAUUACAAACGGAAUUACAGCAGUUAAAGUCGGAGGUGACUCAGCUGAAACAACAAGGGGCAUCUGUGUCCACUCCUUUGUCAUCUUACACGCGAUGGGGACGACAUAGCUGUCCAGCGGGCUCUACGCUGAUUUAUCGAGGUUUUGCCGGUGGCCAUCCAUACAAUGAGACAGGAUCUGGUGUAAACUUUCUCUGCCUGCCGGAUGAUCCGUUGUGGGGCAUACAUCAUGACUCAGUGAAUUCUUACUCUGGCUGGAUAAUGGGGGUAGAAUAUGAAGGAGGGUACUUUUUUAACACCGAUACACACGACUCGGAUGUACCCUGUGCCGUCUGCCUGACCCCCCACUCUACCUCCCUCGUGAUCCCCGCCAGGAACGUUUGCUACGAUGACUGGCAUCUGGAGUAUUCCGGGUAUCUGAUGUCUAAUGCUCACCGCCAUCCAGGAGAAUCGGAAUAUAUCUGUGUUGAUGCACAUCCAGAUGUUAUUCCAAAUAGUUCCAGCAACACCAAUGGGGCUGUCCUAUACAUGGUAGAAACCGUCUGUCGAUCCCUGCCUUGUCCCCCUUAUGUGGCUGGUAGAGAAUUGACUUGUGCUGUUUGUAGUAAAUAAAAAAAAUGUUGUUUUUACAAACAUGACAAAACCUGUCAAUCAGAAAAAAAACAACAUAAUUACCAGAUGCUGUGUUUCACCAAAAUGAAU